CCACACCGCCACCGUCUCUGUAAGAAGAGCAAGGCCGCGACUUGCCAGUCACAGAUCCACAAUGGGCGUACGCAGAGGCUACACCGUCACGAUCAGAGCCGCGGAGACGAUCGCUCCGGCGGAGACGCGGCCGGAGCACCGCCUCCCGAUGUCCAACCUCGACCUCCUCCUCCCGCCCAUGGACGUCGGCGUCUUCUUCUGCUACGAGAAGCCAAUGCGGAGCUUGGAGGCGAUGGUGGCCGUGCUCAGCGUGUCGCUGGCGAAGGCGCUGUCCACGUACUACCCAUUCGGCGGCGAGGUCGUGGCCAACUCCCUCGGCGAGCCGGAGGUGCUCUGUAACGGCCGCGGCGUCGACUUUGCUGCCGCCUACGCUGACGUGGAGCUCCGGGAGCUGGCGCUGGGCGACCCCGACGACUCCGUAGAGGGCAAACUCAUGCCGAAGAAGAAGGCCGGAGUUUUCUGCGUCCAGGCCACCGGUCUAAAGUGCGGCGGCCUCGUUUUGGCGUGCAAGUUCGACCACCGCGUCGCCGACGCCUACUCCGCCAACAUGUUCCUCGUCUUCUGGUCGGAUCUCGCCAUCUUCGGCCACGGCACCCGCCUCCCUUCCUUCUGCCGCACCCUGCUCUGUCCUCGUCUACCCCUCCGCAUCCACGCCUCCAUCGAUCGUCUCUUCGUCCCCGUCUCCUCCCUCCCGCCGCCACCCAUUAGCCCACCUCUUCCCGCCGACCUCUUCGUCAACCGCAUCUACUACAUCACCAACGCCGAUAUCGUGAGCCUGCAAUCCUCCACGCGCGGGCGCACCAAGGUGGAGGCCUUCACCGCCUACCUCUGGCGCGCCUUGGCCAAGGCCGCCGAGGCAGAGGGCGAGCGCUGGUGCCGCAUGGGCGCCGUGGUCGACGGCCGCACCCGCCUCAGCGCCUCCAUGGGGAAUUACUUCGGCAAUGUGCUGUCGAUCCCGUUCGGGAGCAUGGAGGUCGCGGAGCUGGGGGGGAUGGGGCUGGGGGAGGUGGCGGAGAGGGUGCGCGGGUGGUUGCGGCCGGCGACGACGGAGGACCACUUCCGUGCGUUGGUCGACUGGGUGGAGGCGCACCGGCCAGAGCCCGCCGUGGCGAGGAUAUACUUGGGCGAAGCGGAAGGGGGUCUGGCGUGCGUGGUGUCGUCGGGGAGGGCCUUCCCGGUGAAGGAGGUGGAGUUCGGGUGGGGAAAGCCGGCGUUCGGGUCGUACCACUUCCCCUGGGGCGGCUCCUCCGGCUACGUGAUGCCGAUGCCGAGCGCGAGGGGGAACGGAGACUGGAUCGUCUACGCGCACCUUCGGAAGAGCGUGGUGGCGGUGCUCGAGGCGGAACAACCGCCGGCGUUUCGGCCAUUGACGCCCGAUUACUAUCUCAACGACAUCAACUAAAACCGCCGCGCCGCCGCCGCCGCCAAAGUAGCUGACGGCUGCUAUGCCUAAAUAUCUACAUCUGUACAAUCCUACGAAGUCUAUGUCCUGCUCGAUUACUACGUGUUCUGUUCCAAGAAAAUAGUGUAAAAUGCAUGAUCAAUGGAUUAUAGAUGAUAACUUAAUCGUCCAUUUGAUUAAA